CAAGAACAAUUUUAUCAGAGCCUUCCAUGGAUGGAUUCCUAUUUUAACUAUUUACUCUGUUCUCAUUGAUUUCUUUCCAUGCGCUCCAACAACCCCAUAUGCUUAUCCUUAACCACUACCAUGUUAUUGGUCAUGUGGCCACUACGCAGCCUCCGCGGAUUCCCAUCUCUCUUGGGCGUAUCCGUAUCAAGGAUAGAGAGGAAAGGGGUACUUUUUCCUUGGAUCAUAGGAUUAUGUAUUUCUUCCCAGACUGAUAGCAAACGUCUGUUAUUGUUCUCCCUUGCCUGCUGCUAUUUCCGAGUGUGAAGGCUAAGAGACUCGCAUCAUAUAUAUCGCCCACUUACACCACCUGCGAUCGAGCGGCACCAGGUAUGGUCGCCAAUCAAACAGGAUGUUAUGGUUAAGAAGGUAAUAG